UCUAUAUAUGGAUAAAAUCCAAGUCAAAAUAUAGUUUCAAUCUAAGUGGAAACAGUUUUUAAUCACGUGUAUUUAUUGUUAUAAAGCAAAUAUCUAAUCACUCAAAUACAAUGAAUAUUAGAAAUUAUGUCUUCAUAAAUCAACUAGUUCUAAAAUUUGUUGGACUUUAUCCAAUAAAUAUUAUAAGAUACGUCAUAUGCAUUAGUUGCGUUAUGCUUAUUAUCAUACCACAAAUAAUAAACAUUUAUAUACAUUGGAAUGAUCUAAACAUUGUUAUGGAAACAGGCUCAACUUUACUGACAAUUUCGCUUGCUACAUUAAAAUCAGUAAUUUGGAUGUUUAAUAGGAAAAAUUUGGAAAUUUUCAUUGAAUUUAUGCUAACAGAUUAUUGGAGAAUAAUUGAAGACAAUGUUUUUGAAUACUUAAAAGAAUAUGCAAUAUAUGCUAAGACCAUUACUAAAGGAUAUUUUAUUUCAAUGUGUAAUGCUUUAUUAUUUUUCUUUAGUUUACCUAUUAUUGAAAUAUUAAUUAUAAAACAUGAAGAUUCAGAUAAUUUGACUAUGAAGAACUUUCCGUUUGUUGCAUUAUAUCCUAUAGCUUUUUAUAAAUUCCCCUUCUAUCAGAUCGUAUAUGUAUCUCAAAUAUUGGCAACAAGUAUUUGUUGUUUGGUUAUUCUUGCAACUGAUGGUUUAAUUGCAACUGCACUACUUCAUACAUGCGGGCAUUUUGCGGUACUUAGAAAAAAUUUAAAACAACUUGAUUCAUACAUUGAUCGUAUAAUUGACCUGAAACCUAAUUCAAAACAUAUAAGUGCAAAUUUAUAUGAAAUAAAAAGUCAAAUGAUACAUAUAAUUAAACAUCAUCAAGUAGUUCUUUGGUUUUGCGACAAUAUGGAAAAAAAUUUCCAUCUAAUGCUCUUUUUGCAAGCAAUGACCAGUAGUCUUCUAAUUUGUUUCGUUGGAUUCCAGGUUUCUGCUACAUUAAUGGAACAAUCGAAAAUGAUUAAAUUUGCUUCUCACUUAAUCGUGGCACUUUUUCAAUUAUUACUUUUUUGUUUUCCUGGAGACAUGUUAAUGCAACAGAGUCUCAGUAUAAGCACAGCUGCAUAUGCUAUACAGUGGUUUCAAUUACCAAGUUUUGUUAAAGAUGAAAUAUGUAUGAUUAUUUUACGUUCUCAAAGACCUAGUUAUAUUACAGCAGGAAAAUUAUACAUAAUGCAUUUGGAAAAUUUUACAACGAUUCUCAGUACUGCAUUCUCAUAUUUCAUGAUGCUUCAGAGUUUCAAUUCAGAAUCUUAGAGCCUACGAAUCGCUUACAAGUGGAUCAUAUACGAAUGGUGUUAAUACACUUAAUAACGUGCUACUUUGUUGUCGAAGAACCC